GGCACACAUCUGUAUCACAAGUGACGAAAACGUUUCUCCGUGAGCACCUGUUGUACAACACUGCAUCAAGGUCCAAUAAUAUGUUGGUAAUCCCGAUGGAUGGGGAAAAGAUUGUAAUGGAUUCUGAAGACUUUGAGAAGUUUUUCGAAAACUACACAUAUGACCUCUUCAAUGAUAGUGAAGGAGAUACGUGUUGCGGUGUAGGAGAGGUGUGUGACUUCACCAAAGGCAUGCGUUUUGACGCAGUCUUCCUCCCGUUGUUGUACUCUGUGGCUGUGGUCCUGGGCCUGCUCGGAAAUGGGCUCGUCUUUUGGAUUCUGGCCCAGAAGAAGCGGAGCUGGACCGUGACAGACACCUUCAUCCUGCACCUGGGCAUAGCUGACAGCAUGCUGCUGUUUACCCUGCCGUUCUGGGCGGCUCAAGCCACUCAAACUGAGGGGUGGACUUUUGGGACGCCGCUCUGCAAAAUUACUGGCGCUAUCUUCCAGAUUAACUUCUACUGCGGGAUCUUCCUGCUAGCCGUCAUCAGUCUAGACCGCUACCUGUCCAUAAUCCACGCUGCGCAGAUGUACUCCCGCAAAAAAACCUGGGUGGUUCACUCUAGCUGUGCAUUCGUGUGGAUCUGUUCCAUUUUACUCUCCAUCCCAGACUGGCUGUUCCUGCAGUCUGUAAAGGACACCAGGCGGAACAAAACAGAGUGUGUCCACAACUACCUGGGGUACGGUCAGUCCGUGCCUCAAUGGCGCCUGGCGUCCCGUCUGAUCUACCACCUGGUCGGAUUCCUGCUUCCCUCCGCCGUCCUCCUCUACUGUUAUUCCUGCAUACUGCUGCGGUUGCAGCGCGGCUCCCAGGGUCUCCAGAAGCACAGGGCGGUCAGGGUCAUCCUGGCCCUGGUCCUGGUCUUCUUCCUCUGCUGGACGCCCUACAACAUCACCCUCAUGGUGGACACGCUGCAUAGCAACAACACCCUGAAGGACACCUGCGAGACGAGGACCAGCCUGGACAUCGCCCUCUCAGCCACAUCCUCUCUGGGCUACCUCCACUGCAGUCUCAACCCGGUGGUGUAUGCUUUCGUGGGGGUGACGUUCCGGCGCCACCUGCUGGCCAUACUGAGGUCGCUGGGCUGCAAGAUGAAGAUCGGGGCAGGAAUGAGAACCACAGACAGCAGGAGGAGCUCUGUGUGGUCCGGAGACACAUCCAACACUCUCGCCAUUUGAGGUACACUGCUGGGGUUCAGAUGGCUGAGCGGUUAGGGAGUCGGGCUAUUAAUCAGAAGGUUGUUGGUUCGUGCCAAAUGACGUUGUGUCCUUGGGCCUGUCACCCUACUUGCCUCGGGGAGAAUGUCCCUGUACUUACUGUAAGUCGCUCUGGAUAAGAGCGUCUACAAAAUGUAAAUGUAAAUUUGAGAGUGGCGAAGAGAGAAGGGGGACAGAGAGAGUCGGCUGCAGGGGCGCCGUAGCGCUUGGUGACCUGUUCCAACUGUUCCAGUUUAUAAAUAUGAUAAUAAUCUGACCUUUGUCCGAUUCUAACUUCCUUAUUGAUACGAAGAAGUAGUAAGGGUAAGGAGGUUGUAACCAGAAACCACUUGUAGCAUUGUUGUGUAAAGUCAUAAAGCAAACUUCUUUUAACUUUUCCUUCAGAGAUAGUUCCUUCCUUAUGUAUGUGUUAGGAACCUUUUAUAAGAUAAUAAGUACAGUAUAUUGAUUUGACUUUGUCAAAACAAAUUUGUGUUUUUUUAUAAGAUAAUUUAACUUUUGUGACCUGGAAUUAUGACUUUGUAAAACCGACUUCGUAAAUUUGUGAAUUAUGAUGAUAUAUGUAUUUUUUCAUGACUUGUCCAAUAAAGUUAUA